CUCAGGAGCGCUUCUCUUCCAAAUGGCUAAAACGUGGUCACGUGACGCACAGCUCGCUGUCUGACAGCAAGUUCCUUCCAAACCUGUGAAUCGAGAGUUUCAACACAUUUUGUGUGAAGAAGAUGAGCAUCCCGGUGGUGGACUUCAGAGCCUACAGCCUGACAGAGAAGGAUGUGACCGAGGAGCAGCUGCACGAGCUGGCCGCGCAGCUGAAGAAGGCCUUCGUAGAGAUCGGCUUCGUUCUGCUCAUGAACACGGGGAUCUCUCAGGAGGAGGUGGACCAAAUCUUGGACAUAUCCUCGAAAUUUUUCCUGCAGCCAGAUGAGCUGAAAAAACCUUUCAUCAGACAAAGCUUCCCCAACAAUCUGAACCACGGCUGGGUGCCAGUGGAGACUGAGAAGCUGAGUCCGAACCGACCGGCAGACCUAAAGGAGUCCUUCAACACUGCUUCAUUUCACCCUGAUAUUAAAUGGCCCACAUCAGACGCUCUGAAGUGUUUCAGGGAGAUCCACACGUCUUUCUAUCAGCGCUGUAAAGAGCUGAGUAUGCGGGUUCUGAGGGUGAUGGCCCUCAGUCUGGGUCUGGAUCCAGAUGUGUUUGUGCGUGCACAUCUUCUCAUAGGAACUGAUGAGAACGCCACGACCAUGCGCUCCCUGUACUACCCCCCAGUGAAGACGGUGAAGGAGAACCAGAUACGCUGUUCGGAGCAUUCAGACUACGGCACCAUCACUCUGGUGUUCCAGGGCUCUGAUGGACUAGAGGUUUUGACACGCUCAGGUAACUACAUCCCUGCCACCAACGUGCCUGGAUCUGUCCUGAUCAACAUCGCUGACCUGAUGCAGCGCUGGACUGCUGAUCGCUUUAUCUCUGCGAGUCACAGGGUUUUGCUUCCUCCUACUGGAGACCCAAGGACCCGUCAGUCUGUGGCCUUCUUCGUCCAUCCAGAUGAUGAGGUGCUGAUCACCUGCUGCGACGGAUCAAACAAGUACCCACCUAUCACAGCAGGUGACUACGUCGCUCAAAAAUUCAACCAGUCAUAUGAUUAAAACAAAGCCUAAAAAGUCCACGACGGGGGUUCCAAUAUGUUAGACGAGUGUAAUCCCCUGGACGAAAUAAACUGAAUGUAGUUGACGUUUUUCAUGCUAAUUUGAAUAUAACAACUGCAAAUGUUACACUUGCAAGUUCAUUCAUUUUAUUAGCAACAGUUGAAUCAUCACAACAAUUUAUGAACUCAUUGUACGAGAUGUUGGGAGGAAUUUAGCAGAUUUUCAAUGGAAAAAUAAUAAAUCAAAACCUUUACUGCUGCUUGGGUUAAAAAAUAAAAGUUGCUUUUACAAGAGACCUAUUGUAAUAAAAUCUAAUUAAAUAAACACCUUUAAGAAAUAA